UUUUUUUUUUUUUUAUAAAGAUGGGUAAAUUGUGUUAUCUAUGUAAUCGAAAAGCGUCAAAUACAGAGAACAUUUCAUUACAUAGCUUUCCAAAACAUUUGACCGUACGUCAGAAGUGGUUAAAUGUAUGCGGAUUAAGUUUAAACGACGAUGUAUCACAUAGUUAUAUCUGUUCUAUUCACUUUGCUGAAACGGAUAUAAAUAAAUGUAAUACUUUUGGAAGAAGUAAAUCUGUAAUUAAACCUGGAGCAGUCCCUUCAAUGUUUAUAACAAAUCCUCUUGUCAUAGAGGAAGAAGUUGAUCGAUUGUCAUCAGAAACAUUCACAAAUGUGACUGUAAAUGACAGAUGUAAAUAUAUUUUGUCUGAAACUGAUGAUACAGUUGAAGUUUCUGAUAAAAAUUCUAAAUCCACACUCGUGGAAGAUAAAUCAUUUACUUAUAAAAACAAUGAUGCCAAUAAUAAAGCACCAAAUGAUAAUAGCCACAGUACUUCCAAAAGACAACGAAUAUUUUUUGAACCUCGUUAUAUUUCGGAAAUUACAGUGACAGAUUUUACAUCUCCGAAAAGGGCUAAUAGAGUUAUCAAAUUAAUAAAAGCGACAGAUCAACAAAAAUCAAAGCGUAUUAAAAGUUUACAAGAUCAAAUGAGGAAACUUAAAAAACGCGUUAAAUUUUUACAAGAUGUAAUGUCGUCUCGUUUGAAGAAGAAAAAAAUAAUAUCGGAAGAAAGCGAAGACACUUUUACGCAAACUGUAUUCGCUGACAACGCAAAUCCAAAUAUAAUUUUGAACAAGAUGGAAGUGGAUGAUGGCCCAUCGGCUAUCAAUACUAAUCCUAGUAGUAUAAAAGCUGCACAAGAAGAAAUGGGACGUUUAGAUAUCUUGGUCUGUGGUCAAUGUCAUUCUGUUUUUCAUUUUAUUGAAGAAUUUCAAGAACAUCGUACCAAGGAAGGAGCUUGUUCACAAGUAUCACACUUUCGUGAGAAUACUAAUAAUGAACAAAAAGCACAAGUUUGGGCCUUUCUUUUGUGGAAAGACACACAAAUUCAACAAGAAGGUUCAGAUAGGGAUUCGACCAAUUCUUGGAAACUUUAUCAAAAAUGGUGUAAAAUGGAUACACAUAUUAGAGAUUCGUGGAUAACGGCGGGGAAAACUAUUCAAACAUUUACUAAAAUUAGUAAUGCAAAAAUGCAAGAAGUUCCAAGACAAACAAAUUCUAAUUUGGAAGGAACAAAGCCAAUAGUAGUACGUAAAGUCAUAAGAAAUGGACAACCAGAAGAAGGAUCUGAUACAAAAAAAGAUGUUAGAUCUUCUGAAGUAAAAUCACAAAAAAGUUUAGAUUCUAUGGAAAGUGAAGUUGAUAAGAAAGAAAAGCCAAAACUUAAGCCAUCUGUUAAACCGAAGGGUAAAUCUUCAAAGGCAACGGGAGAAGAAGAUAGAGAUUCUAGUAAUGAAGAAUAUAUUGUGGAAAAAAUUUUAGCUAAACGAUUUAAUCCAAAGAAGAGAUGUUCAGAAUAUUUACUCAAAUGGGAAGGUUAUUCGCAUGAGAGCAAUACAUGGGAGCCUGCAGAAAGUGUUGCAACUUGCAAGUACUUAUUAGAAGAAUUUGAAAGAAAUUUAGCAAAACAAAAGGAACUGAAAGCAGCGCAACAACAAGCAAGUACUAAAUUAUCAGGGAAGGUUGCAGCACAAAAAGCUAUAAUAAAAUCAGCAGAUGCUAGUAAACCAGGUCCAAGCAAUGUGGCUCAAGCAGGACGCCCUAUGCGCUCGAGUAAAUCUAAAGCAAUGGACCAAGUAAAACAGUGGUGUGGUUCAAUGAAAGACGAGGAGAGUGACAUAUUAGGAAAAAGAAGAAUAGAUUAUUCUGAUAGCGAUUCUGAAGAAGCUGGCAGUAGUGCCGCAAAAAGGGCAAAGGGUGAUACAGGUAGCGACGAAGAUUGGACUGGAGAAUCAGAAGAAGAAAAGCUGAUAGGACGUAGUGAUGUAAUACAACGUGCAUUUAACCGUGCAAACGCGCAAUCUAAUGGUUCGAACAGGACUGUUUCUACUACUGAUCUUGCAACUUCAUUGGGACUGCAGUCACCAGAAGGGGCAAAAUCAAGUCAACCUCCAGUAUUAGUCGCCAAUGCUAAAGGCGUUGUUAAAGUAGAUCCUAAACAAAUGCCAAAUCUAACAUCUGGUGUUUAUGUAAUGUCUCGAAAGGAUGGCAUUAUAAAAUUAGACUCAUCUCCAAGUGGAAAACUAGCUGUAAAGGGUUCUCCCACAACACAAGGUGUUUUAAUGGUACAAAAUCGGGAUAAUACUAAUGUUGUAAGAAAACAAGUUAUUUCUGCGACGCAAUCAAACUCAAUAACUCCCGUGAAAGUAGUUUCGAAAAUGGAUGGAAGUCAAGUAGUAACACAAAUGAAAGUAGUUUCUAAGCCAAUUGCAUCUAAGACAGGAGGUAUACAAAAAUCAGAACCUAUUAAAAUACAACCUAAACCAGAUCCAUCACAAUUACAACAAAUACAUGUGGUGACUGCAGUACCAGCUCCAAUAACGUUACAACCAAGAAUAAGUACAGGUAUACGACCUAGUCCUGUUGCAGUAACGCGUGGCGCGGAUGGUCGUCCUCUGUUACCUAGACCAACACUACGUGCAGCUACCCCAACUAGUGUCCUCGGUAUCGGAUCGCCCAUUCGUACUCCUGUUAGAGCGCCAGCUCCUAGACAACUACAAGGCCAACAAACACGACAAGUGCUACAGAAACGUACAACAGUUGUAAAUACUCAAGCUAGUUCACCUAGUACUGCAACGGUGACUCCUGUCAGACCGAAAUUUACGGUACUUAGUUCACAGGGGAAACAAGUUAUUAAAUCUGGAAGUCCUGCACAAAAUAAACAAUCACCUAAAUCAUCAUUGGGCAAACCACAGUCUUUAUUGUCGCCACAACAAAAGUUGUUAAUGGCAAAGAGAAAAGCACAGGAGGCAGCAGGUUUGAUUAAGCCAGGUGGACGUGGCAUAUUAGCUGGUAAUCGCGCGUCGGCUGGACGUGGUAAGGCUAAAGCUGUCGAAUCGCCAACAGUUAUUGCUCCAGGUAACAAACCUAAAGAAAGUAAAUUAGCAGAAGGGGACGGACUUCAUAUGGAAUUUCACGAAGUUGGUUCCGAGGAAAGCAGUAGCGAAGGUGAACCAGAACUUCCUCCACCCGAGGCAGAAACAAUUACAGCUGCUGAACCUGAUAGCCCGCCACGACCAUUUACUUUGUGUCCGUUAACCGGACGUAUAAUCGGACCCGAUGGUGAACCGGUUGAACAGCCUGCAGAAGCUGAAAGUGAACCAACACCUUCAACAACUUUACCAAAUGUUAAAACCGUAACAACUCCAUCGGAAAGCACAGACACCGUUGCAACAACAACUACUGCUGAAUUAGUGUUACCUUCUCUUGAUUCCCUUACAGAAGGUGGUGGUAUUAUGAGAGUAGAAAUGAGUCCAGGAGGAACAACAGGUACUAUUGUUCAGACUAGCGAACCAGCACAAAUUCAUUUACCAAAUGAAGCAGUAUCUGCUCCAGAUCUUCCUUGUUUAGAUGAUACAACAACAAAUACAGUAACACCAUCAACCACAACUGUAUCAACAUCUUUAACAGAGACACCAGUAAGUGAAUCUACCAAUACAACAGGAGUAACAUCGGCCGCAGUAACAUCAACUACAACUAUAUCGGUUGCAUCUACUGAUGUAAAUAAGCCAGAUGAAAAAAUGCCAGAAGAAAGAAAAGUAACAGAAGACACAUCUAAUUUAGUAACAAUAACAGGAGAAGAUGGUGUAGUAUAUCAAGUAACUGGACAAGCUGAUGAUGGUCAAACCUUAUUAGUAACGCGAGGAGCGGAUGGUGAACAACAAUGUGUAUAUGUUACUACCGAACAACAAGGAGAUGAAGGAUCUGUUUUAACAUUGGACCAUGCUGUUGCCGAGGCUGUCGCACAAUUAAUACCAGAUCAAGUCAAUCUUACGUCACAAUUCUAUGUAAAGGAAGGUGACGCAGAGCCUACUGAAAAUCCAAUGGUAAUGUCUAUAAUGGACAAUACGAAUGCUACGGAUGUUACCGGAAGUCAAGAGGAUAGUGAUGGGCAAGCACAAGUCGUGGCACAAGUUGUACAGGCAGAAGAACCAACACCAGGUGGAACUAGAAGAGUGGUAUUACUUUUGCCAGAUGGAAAUUUAAUGAUGACUGAAGUUGACGAAGAACAAUAUGCUGCGCUUGAACUCGACAAAUGAAGAUUUGUAUCGUUUAGACACAUGUGAAGAGAAGGAAAAAAAAAAAAAAGAAAUGACAAACAAACCCUGUGUCGAAUGAAAUAUUUACACGAAUCUUCUAUGUUUAAGGGUGACCAUGGGUUGUAUAUAUGUAAGAACGAUUACUUCGUACAAUUAUAAUGGACAAAAAAAAAACAUUAAUAUUUUCCAGCUAAGCAAGUAAACAUAGCUGGUAAAAUUGUAAAAAUUCAGUACCAGACAUAUUGAAGUUUAGACUUUAUAUUAACCCAAAAUAUUUUAGAAAUUCGUCAUCUCCUAACUUCGAACAAUCCCUCUGGAAUUUUAAUUCUUAUGAUUCAUUUCCAUUAUACAAAUAGUAAUAAUAAUACAAAGAUAGUAAUAUCAGAACUUCGAUAUCAUCAGUAUACAGCUUUUGAAGUAAGUUGUACUUGUAGGAUAGUGAGGUAUAAUCUGGGGUUUUAUAUUUUCCAAACAAGGCUUUAGUCAAAACAUUAUCUCUCUCACACUCUCUCUCUCUCUCUCUCUCUCUCUCUCUCUCUCUAUCUCUCUCUCUCUCUCUCUGUCUUUCUCUCUCCCCUCAUCCCUGUCUCUUUCUCUCUCUCUCUCUCUCUCUCUCUCUGCAUACAAAGUCCAGAUGUAUACAUUUAGGGUGUCGUAUAAAAGAGCAUAAUUCGAUGUAUUAUAUUUCAAAGACAUUGGUGCUCAUUCUUUUUAUGUACUACGAAAUUGGUGUUUUUACCAAAAUAAUUAUGCUUGAAGCUUGAACCUAGUUUGACUUUAUUGAUUCUUUCGUUAAGCAUAAAAAUAUGAAGUUCAUGAAAUGAUUUUUUUUUUUUAAUUAUUAUUAUUAUUAUCAUUAUCAUUAUUAUUAUUAUUAUCAUUAUUAUUAUUAUUAUUAUUAUUAUUAUUAUUAUUAUUAUUAUUAUUAUUAUUAUUAUUAUUAUUAUUAUUAUUAUUAUUAUUAUUUAAGCUAUAUAGCUUACAUUACACAAUAUAUCUUUAAAUAUAUUUUAUUUCUUAUUACAUACAUUUCUAACACUCGUUGUGCUUCAUGGACUAUGUAUGCUUAUUUAUAACAUAAAUAAGUGCACUCUCAUAAGCAACAUCUAUAAUUUCUGAAACUCUACAGGAUUUAAAAAUACAAAGUUGUUUAAUGGAA